AUGGUGCACGAUUUUCUCAGUAGCGGUAUGUGGCGCGAUCUGUUCGAUCGUGUGUUCUGGGUGCCUUUGAGGAACUUGAAGGAGCGACCAGCCCCUGGAUAUAACCUCGAGAGGUUUUUCUUUGACGAGUUCUUUCGGCCUGAAGGAGACAGGUCAGGCAAGCUAUUCGCCGAGGAGACUACCAAGGCGCUGAAGGACAAUCGAACGCUGUUUGUCCUUGAUGGUUGGGAUGAAGUGGAUCGCAUUGCCAACGCCGGCUCUGACAUGUCCAGUUUUCUACGCGAGUUACUCCAUCGACCCAAUGUCAUCAUCACGUCGCGGCCGUCUGCUAGUAUUCCUGUCCCAGACCAGCAGCCAAUUGACCUGGAACUUGAAACGAUCGGAUUCAACCCGACUCAAGUGGACGAGUAUAUCGAAAAAACGCACGGUAAAACGAAUGCAAAGAAGGUGGAUGAAAUCAAGACUUUCCUCCAAAGCCACGAGCUUGUCAGAAGUCUCGUCAGAAUACCGAUACAGCUGGAUGCUUUCUGUUACUGCUGGAACGAUUUCAACAGCGACCGUGGAAAUAUGCCAGAGACUAUAUCCGCACUAUACCAGGCCAUUCAAACGAGUUUGUGGAAGAAAGAUAUUGAGCAGCUCGAAAAAGAGCAUUGGAGGAAGAGAAUCCAAGCCAGCGAUUUGAAGAAUGCUGAUCAACUUGGUGUCGAAAAACACGUCAAGGAUGAGGUCGGUUUCCUCGAGUACCUUGCUUUUGUUGGGCUGGUCGCCGACAAACUGGAGUUCGAGUCGGACUACCUCAACGAGUGUGCGACCAACAGCGGCUCAGAUCUUAUGCUCGACAAAACACUACCAUGCCUGUCAUUUCUCCGAAGCUCAGAACCCUCGGCCGAGCCUAUUUACCAGAGCUAUCAUUUUAUCCAUUUGACAUUUCAAGAAUAUUUUGCUGCGCGGUACUUUGUACAACACUGGAAACACUGCCAACCUUUCAAGCAGCACCUGUUUGGUCAACAGAGCAACAGCGACGUAACUCCUGUUGAGUUUCUCAAGAAGAAUAAAUACAACGUACGGUACGACAUCAUGUGGCGCUUCGUUGCUGGGCUGCUAGACAAAGAGGACAAAGAGAAAAAUGCGGGUAAUUUCUUUGAGGAAAUAGAGAAAGCGCCGAUCGACCUUCUGGGACCUACCCACCAGCGGUUGGUCAUGCACUGCUUAAGCGAAACAGUCCACUUGCGACGUGAGGUUCGAAAGCCCAGGGAGGAACUGCUCUUACAAUGGGUGUUGUUUGAGAGAGACUUUACAGGAUCAUCGACCUUUGUGAGAGAAUCAGAGCUUCCAGAAGAGGUGUUUCACAGCGCAUUGACUACUUCUGGACGCAAAUUGGAUUUCUUAUCUGCUUUAUAUUAUCCUCAAAGGCACUUAUCAGAGAGAAUGGUAGCCACUCUUGUGGAACUCUUCAAGGACGAGAGCAGCGACGUACGAUGUUCCGCCGCUGAAGCUCUAGGCAACCAGUCGACUCUAUCAGACACCACUAUGGCUGCCCUUAUGGAACUCUUCAAGGACGAGAGCAGCGACGUACGAUGUUCUGCCGCUGAAGCUCUAGGCAACCAGUCGACAUUAUCAGACACAACCAUAGCCACCCUUAUAGAACUCUUCAAGGACGAGAACUGGAGUAAACAAAGGUCCGCCGCUUCAGCUCUAGGCAAGCAGUCAACGUUAUCAGACACUACUGUGGCUGCCCUUAUAGAACUCUUUAAGCACAAGGACCAGAGCAUACGAUCGUCUGCUGCUAAAGCUCUAGGCAACCAGUCGACAUUAUCAGACACAACCAUAGCUGCCCUUAUAGAACUCUUUAAGCACAAGGACCAGAGCAUACGAUCGUCUGCUGCUAAAGCUCUAGGCAACCAGUCGACAUUAUCAGACACAACCAUAGCCGCCCUUAUAGAACUCUUUAAGGACGAGGACCGGAGCGUACGAAGGUCCGCCGCUUCUGCUCUAGGCAACCAGUGGACGUUAUCAGACACAACCAUAGCCGCCCUUAUAGAACUCUUUAAGGACGAGGACCGGAGCAUGCAUUAG